GAAAGCCCUUACUAAAUACUUCGCAAGAGCAUGGACUUAAGAAAUACAUCUCGUUUCUUAAGGGUUUUCUUCUUGUUUUUUGCUUGUGCUUUAGGAAAUAAUGUUACUCAUCAUAGCAGAAAGAAAAGAAGUUUACUACUUCCCUUCAAAACUGUUUGCUACGGUGAGCUAGGAUGUUUCUCCAAUGGACCGCCGUUUUUUAAUCCUAUAUGGCGCCCGAUCAGUUUGCUUCCCUUGCCUCCAGCGCUGCUAGCGACUUAUUUCUUACUCUAUACUAGAAGAAACAGAGAAGAAGCUUACGGGUUCUCGGCAUUUAAUAUGGAAAAUAUUUUGAAUUCUCCUUUUAAUUCAAGUGCAUGCACAAAGAUUAUUAUCCACGGGUGGCUGGACUCGAUUUCGCUUACCGGCUGGACGCAGGAACUCAAAGAAAGGUUCUUAGACAUGUAUGAUGAUAACAUCAUUCUACUUGAUCUUUUCCCUUAUCCAUCCUACAGCCAGUUUGCAACAAACACUCGUGUACUUGCUGCACAGAUAACCCAACUUAUUCGUUUUAUCGAAAAAGCAUAUGGAUAUCCCCCGGAAAAGUUUUACUUAUUGGGGCAUAGCUUCGGUGCUCAUACAGCUGGUUAUAUAGGGAAAAGGAUACCAAAUAUUGGACGAAUUACAGGUAUGGAUCCUGCAGGUCCCCUGUUUCAGUACACCGAUAACGUUGUCAAGCUGGAAUCUAGUGAUGCACCAUUCGUCGAUAAUAUCCAUACAAACCCAGGGUUAACAAUUUUCGACGGCUUGGGAACGUUUGAAGAUACUGGACAUGUUGACUUUUGGCCGGACAACGCCCAUUCUAGAGGCUGCUCACUUACACUAUUGAGAAUAGUUUUAACAGGCAGAAUAAUUCCUGACUUUAUAGAAAACCUACCGUAUUGCCGCCAUUUUAGAGCCACUGAGUUCAUGAUCUUUUCCUUUGGCCAGAAUGGAUGUUACUUUGUUGGCGUUGAAUGCCGCAGCUGGGAUUCGUUUCUAGAAGGUCAGUGUAAUUGCGGGAGUAGAGGAGAACGAUGCCGUUUCAUGGGGGUCUUUAGCACUCCUGCGCCACAUAAAACAAGGUAUUAUCUCAGGACUGGAUUUGAAAGACCUUAUUGUUUGCAUCAGUAUCAAAUUAUUGUGUUCUUUGAAUUGCUCUCAGAGCAAAUGACGUAUGAAUCAGUGGAAAUAGUGUUAGAUUUAUUGCUUGAAGGAGAAACCAAGAUUCAAGAAAAGGUAAAAUUAAACAUAAAUCUAAUUGUAAAGAAGCAAGUUCACCAUCUUCUCGUGACUUCUAAAUCACCUCUUGGAAGACCAACAGUUGCUGCUGCUACUCUUUACCGUCCAAUAAAUAUAAAAACAAUUAAACACAACACACGGACUGAAUUUGGAGCUGUAGUUGAAGCUAUAGAAAUAAAUUAUUUAUUUCCCUCGCCAAAAGAAGAGACCUCUACUUUACUCUGUUAGAAAGAAACAUUAUACUCUGGCAUGCACAAACAACAUAUUCUAUCUACAAGAUCCUGCGAUGAGUUUUAUGAGUGGAGAGCUGCUGCUAGGAAUUCAGCUUCACGGAAUGGUUCCACGUUUGAAUAAAAAUAACAGCGUAGUUAUUGUAUAUAUGUUGAUAGUAGCAUAAUUAAUAAACUGUACAAAGAAA